GGAAAUCCGUUUUUUUUUUUUUUUUUUUUUUUUUUUUUCCACCUCUAUAUAAAGGGCGUGACUCUGAGCCCUUUUAUUCGCACCAGUGUCAUUCUCUCAUUUCCCCCCAUUUACCUCUCAGAUCUCUCCCUCUCUUUCUCUCUCUAUUGCAAAGAUAAUUUAUUAAGAAAAGGAACUUAAUUCGUGCUCAUGGGAUCGGUUGUUGAAUCUACAAACAAGGAGGUUAAUGGAAGCGUAGCUGUGAAGAACCCUACAGUUGUUUUUGUUUUAGGUGGCCCGGGUAGUGGAAAGGGUACCCAAUGUGCAAAUAUUGUUGAACACUUUGGUUAUACCCAUCUCAGUGCUGGUGAUCUUCUCCGAGCAGAAAUCAAAUCUGGUUCUGAAAAUGGCACCAUGAUUCAGAACAUGAUUAAAGAAGGAAAGAUUGUUCCCUCGGAGGUAACCAUUAAGCUUCUCCAACGAGCAAUGCAGGAAAAUGGAAAUGACAAAUUUCUUAUUGAUGGUUUUCCUCGCAAUGAGGAAAAUCGAGCAGCGUUUGAGGAAGUUACAAAAAUUGAGCCAGCAUUUGUCCUGUUUUUUGAUUGUCCUAAAGAAGAGAUGGAGAGGCGUCUUUUGAGUAGGAACCAGGGAAGGGAAGAUGAUAACAUUGAAACCAUUAGGAAGCGGUUUAAGGUUUUCUUGGAAUCUAGUCUCCCUGUGAUUGAGCACUAUACCGCUAGGGAGAAAGUUCGAAAGAUUGAUGCUGGAAGGCCUGUUGAACAGGUUUUUGAGUCAGUUAAAGCUGUAUUUACCCCUAAAGAUGAGAAGGCUGAUUGAGUGCUGCAUAUCUACCUUAAAUUCAAAUUUUAUGUCUAAUGAGGUGAUGUAUUGUCGCUCUAUGAUUGUACUUUAUCGGGGGUGUUAUGUCUCACAUUUGUCAAUUAUUAUAGAAGGUUGUAGUUUAUGCAACGGGGUUUUGUACCUCCAUAUUUUAUUAUUGUGACUGAAUUCUUCAUACCAAGAUUAAUGGUAUUAAUAGCAAUAAACCUCCUUAUUCUAAUGUCAA